GGGCGUUACCGGAAGAAGGGGUUUUAUAACUCUUGUGCGAGUGUAGUAGGCGUCAAAAACGCAUAUUACUACAUACUGGUGUCCAUUUCUGGUGUAUUUUCUUAGAGACCGGAUAUAUUUUGAAGUGUGUGGUGGAAAGCUGUGGAAAAAUGGCUAAAGUGGAUCUGGAUAAAGUCGGGAAGAACUUGCUGAAGAGUGCUGACAGUGGAGAGAAAGUGGAGCUCCAGUCUCUGUGGCAGGCCCAGCCUGUGGUGGUGUUCUUCCUGCGCAGGUUCGGCUGCCAGGUCUGCCGAUGGAUGGCGGCCGAGAUCAGCAAGCUGGAGCCUGACCUCAGGGCCAACGGGGUCUCGCUGGUGGGAGUCGGACCAGAGGAGUUCGGGCUCCAGGAGUUUAAGGAAGGAGGGUUUUUUAAAGGCUCCAUUUAUGUGGAUGAAGAAAAGAAGUGUUACAAGGAUUUGGGAUUCAAACGGUACACAGCUUUAAGUGUGGUUCCUGCUGCUUUAGGGAAGAAAGUGAGAGAUAUAUCUUCAAAGGCCAGUGAUGCAGGAAUCAAGGGAAACUUCUCAGGAGAUCUGCUGCAGAGCGGCGGGCUGAUCAUUGUGGCAAAAGGUGGGGAAUCGGUGUUGCUCCACUUCAUUCAGGAUUCACCUGGAGACUUUGUAUCCCUGGAGGACAUCUCCAAGGCUCUCGGUCUCUCAGCCACAGUGACAGCCGGGCAGAAACCGGUGUGCAAUGAUGAUGUUUGCACACGAUGAAGAAGUGGCCGUCUUCAUCGGAAAUGCUGAAGUCAGCCAGAUAGAAGAAGAGAAAUUAUAUUACUGACUCAUUUGUUGAGUGAUUAUUACCAUUUAUAAAAUCUUUGUACAGUCAGCUAAUGCGUUACCUGUAUAUUUAUGGUACAACAUUGUUUUUUUUUUUAUUAAUUUUCAAUGGAAUUUAGAAGAAACUAAUAAUACGUUCCUCAUGAUUUUAUCUUUAUGAACAGAAUUCAUCUCCCUUAAUGCCUUUCUUACACUUUACUGAUUCUUUGAAAAAGUGUUUUUUGCUAUUAAUAAAACCUUUUGGAGCUCAAUAUUUA